CCGUAUAGACCGUUGGUGCACAGAUACAGAGACACCAUUAGUAACCUCGACUUUUUCACUUUCAAACCUUUCACUCUCUUUCAUUUCUCUUCUCCCAGAUUUCCCUCAAAUGAAACUCAAUCUCUCUUUAAACGCAAACCCCACAGCAAAUACUUCAACCCCAUUCCUGUCUUUCCCUUCAAAGUCAAAAAUCCAAUUUUUCUUGUUAAAAUCGCCCACUUCUGUUUCCUUCUCUACAAAACCCUCUCCUUCUUUCAUCCCAUUCUGCUCUUCCAAUCGUUUUACCAUUUCGAAUUUGAAGUUAUCAAGUUUGGAGGCCAAUGGAUUCCCCCAAACUUCAAAGUUCAGUCUUGGAGAAGAAUCUAAUCAAAAUUACAACGUGGGAGUUGGGAACCCAGUUCUCCCAACUUUCAUUUCAACUCAAAAGAUGAGCUUGAGUGAUCAGGCCUUCUAUCUGAUGGCCUUUAUUGCUUUCACGACAUCUGUGGCGUUUACAAGUAUGGUCAUUGCAACUGUUCCAACUCUCUCUGCGAUGGGAAGAGCUGCGGUUUCUCUUUCCAAGCUAGCAGAUACGGCACGAGAGGAGCUUCCCGGUACUAUGGCUGCAAUUAGGCUUUCAGGCAUGGAGAUCAGUGAUCUUACACUGGAACUAAGUGAUUUAAGCCAAGAGAUUGCCGGUGGUGUCAACAAAUCAGUUAAAGCUGUGCAGGCCGCUAAAGCUGGGAUCUGGCAGAUUGGUUCACUUGCUCGCCAGCAGACACUGUCAAUGAUUCAAGAAAGGGCUAGUUUGCCAGUCAUCUCUUUACAACCAGUUGUUUCCGGGGCUGCUAGAAAAACUUCUCAUGCUGUUGGCCAGGCCACAAAGACUAUCAUGAAUAUCAUAAAUCAAGGAGAAAUGAGCUCAGAGAACAACGAUGAUAGUGGCACUGAUAGGCUGGAAAUAUAAGGAGUUCAUUGCUUCCCGAUGCCCCCAUGGAUGGCUAGUGUUAGGCUUUACUAGUAUACAAUGGAAACACACACUCCCGCGCCAUAAACCCCAGCUUUCUCACUUAUUUUGUACAUUCUGCUACAUCUUGAAUCAUGAACUUCUGGGCUCUGGCUGCACUUGCUAGAUUCAUUUAUUUUGAAGAUGGCUAACCAGCCAAAUUUGAUGACUUUUUUGACAGCUUACUUUUUUUUUUUCUAUGUUAUUUGGACUAAGGUCUAAGAAUAUCAUUCGAGUACCUAUCCAAUUGGUAUAUGUUAAAUAUUUUUAAAGUCUUAUUGUAUAUGUUUUUUUUCCCACCAAA